AGCCUCUGAAAUGCCAGGGGUGUGACCUUGACGUCCAGGUGAGAGUGGGGCUGGCCAGAGCCGUGGCGAGAGGCUGGGCCAUGAGAGGCCUCCAGCAUCGGCUAAGCCAGGACAUGCCAGGCGCUGAGGGGGGCACAGGUGUCAGCUGUGGCUGCUGGCUGUGUCCCUGUCCACAGUCUUACAGUCAGGCAGCCUCAUGUACAGCGCCGCUCUGAAGGACUGCAAGAAGAGCAAUGAUGCUCUUCUUUCUCUCUCUGGGGAAGGCAGUGAGUUUGAUUCCUCUGGUGGCCAGAAUCCCUUAACAGAUGAUAGCUAGAGCUGAGGCCAGGCACAAGCUUCAGUAGGACAUGCGGAGAGGACCUGAUCUCAGGACCAAGCGAAGGCUAGCUCCCAGCUUGGCACUGGAUGUGGAAAGCCACUGCUCCAGCAGCCUAGGCAGGGAAGCACGAAGCUAGGCAGCACCCACUGCCUUAGAGCGAAAGCCAGAUUUUGUCCUGCUCUGGAGCUGCAGAGACCCAGGCAGUCUCCAGGGGCCAUGGGUGGGCCAGGGUGGGCAGGACUUGCAGGGGCACCCCCGGAACCACAGCUGCUGGCAGAUCCCUUUCCCUGCACACUUAGAUCUCCCAGCCGUAUUAUGUGCACGUAAGGUCUCCACGCCCCUGGCUGUUCCCACCAAAAUAGAUGGACAGGACUUUACACGAUCGCCAUAAAUGGAAAUGCAGUACCACUUGUGGAAAAUGGAAGCACUUGUGCACAGAGAAGCAAUGACACGAGACAAUGCCCCCCAAGUCUGUCCGGAUUUCACUGCCUGAUUAAAGCUCUGAGCCUGUGCUCGCUUCGGGUUAUAAAGGGAGACCUGCAUGCUGGGUGCUGAAAAACACACGCCCCUCGCCCCAUGUGGAGUCAUCCCUCUUGACCUCAGAAGGCUUGAGAUAAAAACAAUAAAGGAAUUCUCACUCACUGAACAUAGAGGAAGGGAAAGCAGGUCAGCCAUCCACACUGCAGCACGCAACAGGCCAAGGUAUACCUGGGUAUGAGGACAGCCUUUCUGAAAGUGUACAUCAAAUACUCUGUUAAAACCUUUCCUCCCAAGUGUUUGGCUAGCUUUCCUUCCGGGACCUUCAAUCAGCUUGACUCAGCAGAUACUGACUGAGGACUUACUAUGUGCUGGCCACUCAGUAGGGGUUUGAAAGGCAAGCGCCGUGCCUUCAGGGACCACAGAUUCUAGUGGAGAGGCAGACGUAUUCACUGCCGGUUUUAAUGCAAGGCUGAACAAGUCUUUAUGUCUUCUCCCAGCCUUUCCCCCACUCAUGCAAAACAGGAUGUAGGUGUUCAAGAAUCAUUUUAUUCAGACACAGAAAGAGCAAACAUUCAUUGGGUUCAAACUAUGAGCCAGGCAAUAUAUGGGAUACUUGUAGACAUAUUUUAUAACACUUAAUCCUUUCAAGGAUUGGAAAGGUGGUUAUCUUUACCUCUGCUUAGAGGGGUUAGGUAACCUGACCAGGGUACACAGCAUGUUAGAAGCCGACUUGGGAGUUGAAAGCCAGUCUCCUGAAUGUUCCCCCGUGUUGGAACCCCUAUUGACGUGGGUGGUCCCCCGCUCCCUCCCCCCCAAUCCUGUCCCAUCUCGCCCCGCCCUCCCCAGGGCCCAGCUGAGAAGAAGCAAAGGCGAGGCCGGGUCUGGCCUUGCGGCCUUGCCAUGGUGCUCUGCUCACCGGGCCUCUGCAUGUGUCCCCCCAGGAAUCCAGCACGAUCCCGCACCGCGUGCUCCAGAAACCUUCUCAGCUGCUGCAAGAGCCUUUGGGCGCUCAGGUUCCUCCAGAGACACGGGGGAGGCCCCGGGGAGGAGCAACCAGGGACGCCACCGUCAGAGGAGCCGCCAGCAACCCUCGCCCAGGAAUCGGUUCCUGCUGGAAGCUCUCGCUGUUUCUCAGCCUCACCUGGAGCAUGUCCGCCUCUGCACCCUGACCUUGGCCCUGCAGCUGCUCCUCUCCCGGGGGCCCCCUCCCCAGAUAGAAGCCCUACAGUUGGCUUCAAAGGUCCGUCGUCUUGGCCCCGCCCUUCUCCUGGCUCCUGGCGGCUCCAUGCUCUGGAUGGACUUCUCUCCCACGUGUCUCCACCUGGUUCUCUCCACCUGCCCUGCCCUCCCUUGGUCCCGCUGCCUUCCCCUCCAUCAGGAAAACGGGAAAGCUUCCCCCCUGGCCCGCCCCUCCCCGUCCACUCUCUGUCCUGCAGCCAGAGUGGGCUGUGCAAAACAAAAGACAACCGCGCCCAGAAAACCAGCCGCAGGCCCCGCGCGGUGGGCCCUGCUGUGCCCUCCAGCCUCCUCCUUCCCCCACUCUCCCUUCCACCUCUUCACUCCAGCCCCACCAGCCUUCUCCUUUGGGUUUAUUUAACUCACUGCUCCUUCCAGCUGCGCCACACACAGAGCUGUUUCCACCACUUGAAAAGCUGCUCUUGUCCUUUCAGCCACGGGUGAAACAUCCCUGUGAUGUUUAAUGAAAUAUCACUUUUCAGGGAGUCUUCCGGAGUCUUCCUUGACUGUUUCUGUUGGGUCUGGCCUCCCACCCGCACCCCUGGAACUGUCCUCGGAAGCCAUAGGCAGGCCUGUCAUGCCUGCGUGGUCCCCUGACCCUUGUCUGCCAGUGAAUCCUGCCUGGUUCUAUUGACCAUUGUGUGUCUAGCUCCUCGGAGACUGUUUGGCCCACGUAGUGGGAGCUUUAAGCAAUUUAUCUGCCAAUACCCGUGAAGGCACGAUUUGCCCCAGUGUUCCCCAGAGAUGCUCCAUCUGUUGGCUGGAUUCCUCUGGAAAUCUCAGAAUCCCUCUCUUGGAAGUUUUCCCAGGAAUCUAAGACAGGUGGGUCUCUAUGUCAUAGCCCAGGUAGAUGGGGCAUAAGACGGGUCUGGCUGAUCACAGACCCAGCUGGUCAGGGCUGACGUCAGGGUGCCUACGUGCCACCUGCCACCGCAGAUCUUUCUCUGAGCUGCCCCACCCUCCUGGAGACCUCCUGCAUCCCCUGCUGGCUGCAGAAGUGGGGCGUGUGCUGCCCAGAGGAGAAGCCUCUGCACUGGCCCCCCAAAUCCACACUUCGUGUUAUCAUGAUGUUCCAAUAAAGCUAUCAAAACAGA